CUCAACACGUUGGGCUUGCUAUCUACAUUCCCCGUAUUCCAAACCUACGUUGAGACCGGCGAAUUGUUCGAGACUUCUUCGUCCAACAUUUCCUGGAUUGGCUCCAUCCAGUCCUUCCUGCUCCAGCUGACCGGCAUCAUCGUCGGGCCCCUUUACGACAGGGGCUACCUCCGCUCCCUGCUCUGCACCGGCAGUCUCCUGGUAGUCUUGGGCCUCAUGAUGCUCUCGCUCUGUACAGAGCACUGGCAGGCGUUGCUUGGGUAG